CCGCCCGUUCCGCGCUAGCCCCACCCGCCUCCACCGCACGGCAGCAGCACGCGGGGCGCGUGUGGUGGCCGUCCCCGUCUCGUGGUCCGCGUGCCGCUUCGAGCGGUGGGUAUAGCUCUGCCUCCUCUGGCCGAUGCCCGCGUCUCGCAUCGGAACCGGAGCCCCGCAAAUCUAGGGUUGCCUUCGCUCCGCGCCCACCCCUGCUGCUGGGAGGAGGAUAAUAGGCGACGGAGGCCGCGAGGAACGACGCCCGCUCCGCCUCCGCUCCCCCCUCGUCGAAUGCGCCGGCGGAUCACCGCGCGAGGAGCGUUCGAGGCACGUAGUAGUUAAGGAUAAAGUGUUGGGAAUGUCUUCAACUGUGCCGAAGUCAUCAAAUAUUUUUUGGCAUGAUUGCCCAGUCGGCAAGUCUGAUCAUCAGAAGCUACUGAAGCAGAAAGGUUGUGUUGUUUGGAUCACAGGCCUUAGUGGUUCAGGUAAAAGUACCUUAGCAUGUACAUUGGGUCGAGAGCUCCACACAAGAGGGAAGCUUGCAUAUGUUCUUGAUGGUGAUAACUUAAGACAUGGUCUGAACAAGGAUCUUGGCUUUAAAGCUGAAGACCGUGUAGAAAAUAUACGGAGAGUUGGUGAAGUAGCCAAGUUAUUUGCAGAUGCAGGCCUUGUAUGUAUUGCAAGUUUGAUAUCUCCAUACAGGAGAGACCGCGAAUGUUGCCGUGCAUUAUUGUCAGAUAAUAGCUUUAUUGAAGUUUUCUUGAACAUGUCCUUGGAAUUGUGUGAAGCAAGGGAUCCAAAGGGCCUUUAUAAGCUUGCCCGUGCAGGAAAGAUAAAGGGUUUUACUGGAAUUGAUGACCCGUAUGAACCACCAUUAAAUUGCGAGAUUGAGAUCAAGGAAGUGGAUGGUGUAUGCCCUUCACCUUCAGACAUGGCGGGACAAGUGGUUACUUAUCUCGAGGAGAAAGGCUUUCUGCACGAGUAGGCGGAUUCCAUGAGGCGAUCGUUGGGGAGAAACUCUACUAGACUAGCGGAGAAAAAGUCAAGCGCUGGCAUUCGUUCAUAUUUUCUUUCUUCUUUACUCCUUCCCUCUGGCACAAGUUCUAUGCAGUUUCAUUCAGAUUAGCCUAGAACGUUCCAGAUUUCUUUGUCUCCUAGUUGUAAUGCAAUUCUGAUCGUCACUUGGGGUGGUAUUGAUGUGGCUAUCAUUGUCAGGGUAGGUACACCUAAUGUUCAGAGAAGUUUUCUUCUUUUCUUUCUCUCUA